UUUCUGCACUAAGAUUUCCAAGCUCUACUGACUGUCUCGCUCUUGUCGGUUGUCUUGCUCACGUUGACACACUUCUCAGAGCAAUGAUGUAUACGAACCAAAUGCGUUUAUCGGUACCAGACGACGAAAUAGUCAAUCUAAACGUUGGUGGAAAGUUGUACAGCACGACCAGAUCGACUCUGACGAGAUAUCCGGACACGAUGCUUGGUGCGAUGUUCAGCGGUCGAAUGCCGAGUCUAAAAGACGCUCAAGGAAACUAUUUUAUCGAUCGUAAUGGCGAUAUGUUCAAAUACAUCCUGGAAUUUCUACGCAAUGGAUCGAUUAUUCUGCCAGAAGAUUUUAAAGAAUUUACCGCUCUCUCCGUGGAAGUUGAUUUUUAUCAGGUUGCCGAGCUCACAGAAUGCUUGGCUGAAAUGAUGGUAAAGCAUUCUGAUGAAAAUUCGUCAUUGGUUGAAGAAUUUAUUGAGGUUGAGUUACAGCAUGAGAGCAGCCCGUCUCUAACUAUUUAUGCAUGCGACGAUAUCUUGAAAUCUCUACCUUCUAUCCGCCAUAUUUAUGAGCAAGAACAGCAUGUGUUUAACAUCAUUGAUUGGCAAUCAAGUGGAUUUACAUGCUCUUCUGAUUAUCUGUCCCAAAACACCGACGAAAUGGCAGUCAAUCAUCUUGACAUUUUCAAAGACCUGAGUCGGAUUGGUUUUCGUCUCGUCGGUACCAUGGCACAUGGAUCAAAAGAACUAAAACAAAGAACGUGGACUUUCAGUCGAUUUUGCAACGGGUAA